CACUGCCGAAGUUGCGUGGUUGCAUCCGCCAGCCGGGCUCAAUGAAUCGCAAGUAUCAUGUGGAUCCACGAUUUGUUGGCUAGCUAGUAUGGGGUAGUAGCCAAUUCCAAUCUUUGUUAUCACCGGUCACCACCAAGCACAAUUUAUAGCUGUACGCCCGCAUACUUCUGCAGUCAGCAAAUCAUCAUCCAGCCAAUUCAGGCAUUUUACUUGCUCUCCCACUCGGACGACGCCGACAAUGGCAGCGAAGGGAAACCCAGCGGAUGCGGUCGCCAUCGUGGCCGUGCCGUUCCCGGCGCAGGGCCACCUCAACCAGCUCCUGCACCUGUCGCUGCAGCUCGCGUCGUCGUCGCACGGGCUCACGGUGCACUACGCUGCGCCGGCGCCGCAGCUCCGCCAGGCGCGGGCGCGCGUGCACGGCUGGGACGACAAGGCCCUCCUCUCCGUCCAGUUCCACGACCUCGGCGUCUCCACGUACGUCUCUCCGCCACCCGAUCCCACCGCCGACGCGCCCUUCCCCUCCCACCUCAUGCCCCUCUGGGAGGCGUACACCGCGGACGCGCGCGCCCCGCUCUCGGCGCUCCUUGGCGAGCUGUCCGCGUCCUACCGCCGGGUCGUCGUCAUCUGCGACAUCAUGAACUCCUUCGCCGUCAAGGAGGCGGCGCGGCUGCCCAACGGCGAGGCAUUCGUGUGUAACUGCGUAGCCGUGUCGUCCGCCACCGGGAGCAUCGACCCCGGGCACCGGCUCCUGCGCGAGAACGGCCUCCGCUUCAUUCCCAUGGAUACCUACUUGACCAAGGAGUUCAUGGACUACGAGCAACAGCGAGCAAGAGCGGCGCAGUCGAUCUCGUCCUGCGCCGGCAUCCUCGCGAACGCGUGCCGCGCGCUCGAGGGUGAAUUCAUCGACGUUUUCGCCGAGAGAUUGGAUGCCAGCAGCAAGAAGCUCUUCGCGAUCGGGCCGUUAAACCCACUGCUCGACACGGGCGCAUUGAAGCAGGGCCGGCGGCGACACGAGUGCCUUGACUGGCUCGACAGGCAGCCACCGGAAUCCGUGCUCUACGUGUCGUUCGGCACGACGUCCUCUCUUCGGGUGGAGCAGGUCGCGGAGCUCGCCGCGGCACUGCGCGGCAGCAAGCAGCGGUUCAUCUGGGUGCUGCGCGACGCCGACCGCGGCAACAUAUUCGCGGGCUCCGGCGAGAGCGAGAGCCGGUACGCCAAGCUUCUGUCCGAGUUCUGCAAGGAAACCGAAGGCACGGGCCUGGUGAUCACCGGGUGGGCGCCGCAGCUGGAGAUCCUGGCGCACGGCGCCACGGCGGCGUUCAUGAGCCACUGCGGCUGGAACUCCACCAUGGAGAGCCUGAGCCACGGGAAGCCGAUUCUGGCGUGGCCCAUGCACUCGGACCAGCCGUGGGACGCGGAGCUGGUGUGCAACUACCUCAAGGCCGGAUUCUUGGUAAGGCCAUGGGAGAAGCACGGUGAGGUGGUGCCGGCGACAACCAUACAAGCGGUGAUCGAAAAGAUGAUGGCAUCUGAAGAAGGGUUGGCGGUGCGGCAGCGCGCGAAGGCCCUCGGCCAUGCCGUCCGUUCAUCGCGCAAUGAUCUUGAGGACUUCGUUGAUCAUAUCACAAGAUGAUCGAAGAACGCCAUGUUCCGAAAGGUAAAAAUUAAUCAUAUACCCUCAUUUUUCAAUCUAAAUGUGGAGGGUAUAUGAUUCAAUCUCCUGUUAAACUUUCUUUGGCUUAAUAAAAUUCGACCGCACCGCUCACGCCGGACCUUAAAUAAAAGGGCUUCAAACUUUGUGUGUGAGGCUUUGUUUAGUUGCUUACAAAGUUGGAAAUUUAGUUUGAAAUUGGUACGAUGUGACUGAAGAGUUGUGUGUGUAUAACAGAUUGAUAUGAUGGAAAAAGUUCGAAGUUUGGAUCUAAACAGAGCCUGAGUAAUAGUUUUGUUUUGAAUGCGACUAUUUGAAUUACAUGAUUUAAGUAAA